UGGUAGUUUUUCUCAUGCUCUUUGGUAUUAAAUGGUGGUACGCAAAAUAUUCUUUACCUAACGAACGUGAAAAAAUAUUGUGGGGGGUUUAUGAAUCUACUAAAUACCCAAAAUUUAAUUAAUAUGGAAAUUACUCGCGCUACCCUUGGAAUCGCAGUCGGUAUCGCCGGAACACUAUUUCUAGGCUAUUGUGUUUACUUCGAUCAACAGAGACGAAAGGAUCCUCUGUUCAAAAAGAAGUUGAGGGAACGACGACAGAAGGCACAACAGAAUGCAUCACGAUCUCGCACACUGGGUGGCCCACUGCCCGACAUGAGUGAUCACGAAGCCAUGCAGAGAUUCUUCUUGCAGCAGAUUCAGCUCGGUGAAGAGCUGCUGGCUGCAGGUGAUCUGGAAGCGGGUGUUGAGCAUCUCGGACAAGCUGUCACUGUAUGCGGACAGACGCAGCAACUGUUGAGUGUACUUCAACAAACUAUGCCAGCACCAAUCUUCCACAUGCUCCUCAAGAAGCUUCCAGAGGUUUCUGAACGUCUUCGUGCUUCAAUGAAAGCUAACAGCAGUUCCUUGCAUGAGGAUGAUGUGGAAUAACAGCUGCCAGAAGUAGGUUACAUCUAGACAGCAAUGUUGACUUCUUUAUUUGGCCUAUAAAUUUGAUUUAAUAAUUUCGUUAA